AUGUCACAACCGCCUCUCGACGAGCUCCAGUGGAAGUCGCCCGAGUGGAUCCAGUCGUUCGGGCUGCGCACCGACAAUGUCCUGGACUACUUCAGCCAGUCGCCGUUUUUCGACAAGACGUCGAACAACCACGUGGUGAAGAUGCAGCAGCAGUUCUCGCAGCAGAUGCCGCCGGCGCCGCAGACCGCGCGGCCUAAGGCCGCGCCCAGCGCGGAGCGACAGGCCAUCUGGGACCGCUACCCCGCGUACGCGCUGCUGGAGCAGGAGCUGGCCAAGCUGAAGGGCAUCGAGUACGUGCUGGCUCACGUGCGUGAGCCGGACUUCUGGGUCGUGCGCAAGCAGCGGCGCGCGGGAGACCGCGUGACUGCGCUCAACGACUACUACAUCAUCGGCGCGAACGUGUACCAGGCGCCCACGGCGUACAGCGUGGUGCAGAACCGCCUGCUGUCGACCGGCUUCCACCUGUCGGCCGCGCUGGGCGCGAUCCAGCGUCUGGCGCGCUUCCAGCCUGGCCAGGGCGCGGCCUUCGUGCCCGUGGAGCAGAACUCCGUGCAGCCGGCCAGUGGCACGACCGCGUCUAGCGCCACUGCGCCAGCGCUGACCGCGGCGCUGGACGGCGCGACCGCGGGCUACUCGGACGUGCUGACGCCCGAGAUGAUGGACCGCCUGAUGCUGCAGAGCCUCAAGUCCACGCCUCUGUAUCUCUAG